GCUCCCCCAAAAUUAUACGGAUCUGAUGCAACGUAUGACCCGAUGUAAUCGCCAAUCUGAGUUAUGAAAUCCGGGGAGGCAUACAUAGCAGGCAGGCCAUGUACCUGGACCCAAAAAGGAAUCGUAUCCAGCAGGACUUCUUCUGGCCGGCUCCCAAUAGGCACUGGCUCACACACCAGGUGGUGGUUCUCGAAGGACCAAGGUCCUUCGUCAAUUAUACGUUGAAAAUCUCUCGGGUGUGGAAAUUGGAAGAGGGAAUAGAUCAUCGGCCAACGAACAGGCGAACAUGCCCAUCACUGGUCUCCACACCGCUGCUAACACAUGCUGCAUAUGCUCAAAACGGAUCGGACGAUCGGUAAGGAGCCUUCCAGGUUUAGGUUAAAAGACGGAAAGUCAUCAAAGAAGACAAUAGCUUCAAGUUAUACUUCCCGCCCAAAAAUCCACCUUCCUCUUGUUCACUCCUUGCAGAUUCGACCAUACAACCGAGAUGUAACAUCACUACCUGACCACCUGUAUCAGAUUCACGUCCAAGUUCCAUGUUUUCUCCGCGGACUAACCCAUGAAUACUGCAGAAACAGAUUCAAUAUUGCAACUCUUUUUUUGCAGGGUAAAAUGGUGUGUGAAUGUUAUCAUUGCGUAACUGACUAUAUAAAGUUAGAAAACGUUUAUGAACACACUAGAGUUGGAAAAGAUUUUGUCGUGUGCGAUGAUGUUCUUAUGGAAUUAAGUAAUACUGGAUUUGAGAACCUAAUAGCAUUUUGUAAAACUGACCAUCGACUUCAUAGGCCACUACUUUGGUGUUUAGCAAAUAGUUAUGAUUCUGAGAAGAAAGUUUUUAAGUUAGGAUAUAAGGGCGAAGUAGAACUCUACUUUGGUUUGUCUGACAUAUUAUGCACCAUUGGUUGUUGGAUGGGGAGAAAGGAGGACAUUUGUGCUAAUCCAUACAACCAAUGAUUUCGUCUCAUGCCACAACAUUAUCAAAAAGAAAAGAGGAUGGAGUUGUCAAUACUGCCAAUAUUCAGAGUAGAUCGUGGCAUUUUUAAUGAGCCAUAUAAAUAUUCAAAUCCUCAAGUUGAAAUUACCACAGAUCGCAAGGAGGAAAUGAAAAACUGGAUGAAGAACCAUUACUCAAUUGCAGAAAAAAAUUAUAGACAAUAUAAAAAUUUUCAAUGCAAAGGAUUAAGAGGAAAAUGGAUCAAAGAUUAUUGGCAACAAUGGAAAGUUAAAUUAGGCAUGGAUGUGUCAUUUGCACAGUUGACAGACGAACAACCUUGGCUGCCAAAAGUGAUGGAUAUGGAUGUAGAUGAGACCCCAGUGGAUGGGGCUGCUGCCGAGAUGGAUGAGGAUGGGCCUGCUAUGGAUGAUGGGCUGAUUGAGGAUCAAGUGAUCCCAAUGGCUGCUUCCAAGAAGCUUCUGGAUUUUGAUUUGAACAAAGUGCCUGUACACUAAUCUAAUUAAUUUAUACUGUAUAUAUUUGACAGGCAAGCAAACUGACUAGAUUACUUUUGUAUGUUGAACAAUUAGGACAUUAUGCGAAUGAAUGAAAGGUUUCAUCUA